AUGACAUCUCAAUGGUACUAUGUACCCGUCUGUAUUAGAUUUAUAUCAGAAGGAGAUAUACAUGCACUAUCAGGUGUUAAUUUAGUUCUUAAAAAUGAGGAUGGACAGAUAUUAUUCGAGUCAACCAUCUCACUCAGCCAUAUUCCCCCACAUAAUUUGAAAGACUACCAGCUAUAUGUAACAUCAAGCUCCCUUAGUGAAGGAGACGACGUGAAUUGGCACCCAUGUAUACCUAGCUUUGAUAUCCCAAUGAUGGAGAGACGAGACGAUAAUUUAUAUAAAUAUUUGAAUUUUUUCAAGGAAAAUGGAUUCAAGAUAAUUCCCAAUGAUACUAUUUCUAGGAACACGCUUAUGAGUCUUAAUAUCCUAGGAAUUGAACCCAAAUCGGGCUCCUUGAGUAAAAUAAUAGGUUCCGACUUAUAUGAAGUAAUUGACUUUGCAAAUGCUGAGGCUCCUGACUCAAUUACCAUCCGUUCGUAUCCGUUCAGUUUCACUAAUCCAUUGCUAUUUAGUGACUUCAAGUCGACAGGAGGAGUGAAUCUCACGAUAACGAAGGAGGAUGAAAUAUUAGGCUAUUUGUCUGAUAUUAAAUAUUUGGAAAAUAUGGCAGGAGGUAUCGUAACUAUAUCUGAGACGACAGGUUCGAUAGGAUUGGUGUUGGGAAACUUACGCAAAUAUAAUGGCGACGGAGACCUAGUAUUUAUACUAUCGUGGGAGAUGAUUUGGAAGUUGAUUGCGAAGCGAAUCCCUAAUUUAAAUGCCAGACCUUCAAUGAAACUGUCUAGCAGAAUGAACAGAGUUCGCUCAAUUUUACCAGUAGUUGUUACCGAAGAUAGCAGUCUGUUCUGGGGAUCAUGCAUAUAUUACAAUGAAAGCACUUUAGUAACGAAUAACCAUGUAAUCAAGCAGUAUAUUGAUAGACCCAUGCUGGUUGAUUGCAAAAUAUUUUUGAGUAAGGAACAAACAAUUAACCUUACAAAUAAAGACGAGCUUUUUACACCCUAUGACCAGUUAGAUUUGUCAUUUAUCAAGCUUUCACACGAAAACCAAGAAAAGCUCAAGAAAAUUGACAGUUUAACCCCUAUUGAAUGUGAUUACUUUUAUCUGACCGGAGAGCCUGUUACUACUAUCGGCUUUGGACUAUACUUCAAUAAUCUCUACGUGGAACCAUUACAAUCCAAUGGUAAUAUAUCCGCUAAAUAUUCUCUUCCUUUAUAUAAUGGUAAUACUUCUACGUUGCCAUGCAUUAUUGUCACGUCGGCAUCGUGCUGGAACGGAUCUUCAGGCGGUGGGUUAUUUAAACAGUCUACAAAUCAAUUGGUUGGUUUGAUUUGCUCCAAUGCACAGGUUGUUAUUCCUGAUUUUGGUGACAAUAAAAAAGAAAACACAACUGAAAAAUUAUCGAAAAUAGUGUUAUGUAUCCCAAUUGAAGUCAUAAACGACUGCUAUAAGAAUUUACAUAAUACAGAGAAGUUGGAGUUAAAUGAUAGAAUAGGUCAUACUUGGAAUUUGAUACCGUACCAUAACGACAUCAUUGUCAGCAAACCGAAGUUGUAA